UCAAGACCACUCCAGUAAAGGACUCUGCAUGUGGCAGGAGGGGACGAGUGCACCAUCUCCUUGCCCUCUUCAUUCCCCUGCAUCAUGGGAAGAAAGUGGUGCCCAGACCCUGGAGUGGGAAUUAUGGACUUUUGUGAACCCUGCAAGCAAGGGGAGAUGCUGGGAAGAGGACUGUGGCCCAGGAAGGGCGAAGGGCUUGUGUUGUUUUGUUUGGAUUCUCACUUAUCCCAGAAGAGGGAGGACACUUGUUGCCAUAGAGACUGUGGAGAGCUACACGGAAUUUAUUACCCAACUGCUGAGGGGAAACUGAGGCAUGGCCAGAGUUAAACUGAGGAACAGGCUCACCGGCUGCCAGGCCAGAUUCUAGGUCAGCUGGGAGAGGAGCCAAAGCCGGGGACACUGCACUGGCUGGAGCUGACUCUGCCAUGGCUGCGUAGAGCCAUUUCUUGCAACUGGCUCCAAGCUGAUCAGAGUCCAGCACCCACCGCUGCCUCCCUGAGAAGAGAGAUGGGGAACUGGGCGGAAGCAGAUCCCCCUGGACAGCCUCUUAACAGCUCCAUAGACUUGAAGAGUGGAGAAGAACCAGGUUUUGGUCAUCCAGCUAAUUCCAGCUCCAGGAAACCUGCAGUAUGGGAUCGUCCAGCUGCCUUCAGAGCCAUAAUCAUGGUUACAAUGGUCGUCAUCAUCGCCCUAGUAGCAGCUUUGAUAGUGGUAACAUCUAAGCAGCCUCCUCCAUGCCCCCCUGCUGCCCCCUGCUGCCCGGACGGCUGGAUCCGGAUCCAAGGGAAAUGUUACUAUUUUUCUAAGGCUGAGGAGAACUGGACCUACAGCCAGAGCUUCUGCUCGUCACACUCUGCCUCCCUGGCCGGGAUUGAGAGUCCGCAGAAGCUGGGUUCCCUGCUGCCAUACGAAGGCAGACUGGACCACUGGAUCGGCCUCCGGAAGGACACGGGCCAGGUCUGGAAAUGGGCCAACGGGACCGAGUUUGACCAUCGGUUUGAAAUACACGGAGGAGCAGACUGUGUGUGCCUGGAUGAAGACCUCACUGUCACCACGUCAAGCUGCAGCAGACCAAGAAAAUGGAUCUGCAGUAAACCUGAUACCCCUGCGAAGGGAGAGGAGGGAGCAGUGGGAGGGGAUUCGUGAACUCAAGAGAAUUGGAGACCAGCUGUGACAAAGCCUUGUUCUAGUCCCCUCCAUGCUGCAGCCUGGUUCCCUGUUUCUUAGCCUGUCUCCAGGGUUUGUCCAGUCCUAGUCAUCAAUUACCCUAAUGCUGGGUGCCCAGACAGCAAAUGUGAAAAAUUGGGACGGGGGUGGAGGGUAAUAGGAGCCUAUAUAAGGAAAGACCCAAAAAUCAGGACUAUCCCUAUAAAAUUGGAACAUCUGGUCACCCUACCUAAUGCUGGGAUCUGUGACCCUUCUCUCAGGGAGACUGUCACAGUAAUUGGAUCUCUAUCCCACCUCCAUCAGGUCAGGACUUGUCUCCAGCCCCCCCUGUCCCUGGGCAGGGACCUCAUCCCGCUUCCUGACCAGGGCACUUGAACUGCACAGCUCCCUUCCGUACACUGUGAUAUCCCCAGCAAGCCAGUCUGGCUAAAAGCCAGCGCCUGCCCUUUGCUUCCACUCUGAGCAUAAUGCCCAUCCUGAUCCCACUGUUAUAAGCUAGAACACGGCCCUUUCUUGGCUGAUUAUUUAUUCUAGGUCAAAAGCAUUAAGGAGAAAAUGGAUAAAAAUCACGAAAAGGUCCCCCACACUAAAGACACCAGAAAUCAUCCCUCUUCCAGGGGAGAGUCUAGUAGCCAGUGACCCUUCCCGGCCCUCCCUACGGGGUUGGGGUCCCCCCUCCCCAGCUGAGAGCAGGUCCUGUCUGUUUGAAUCAAAAUGAAGGUCGUGACUCUGUUUAAAUUCAGCCUUUGAGUGUCCUAAGUUCUGUCUCCGUCUCUGGAAAACCCCCUGUGAGCCAGUGUGUGGGAACCAAACGUUCCAGGGUGCGAUCCCAGCCAGGGAGAGGCUGGGUCACCGCUUGCCCUGCAGCCUGGGGUGUCUCACAGUCCUGUGCAGAAGCUCCCAACCUGGGCCAAACAGCCUGCAGGUCACACCUUGAGUGUCUGUGCCUGGCCACAGCCCUGCUCCAGCCGCCUGUCAGCAAACCCCCGCGCCACACUGGGUCCACCAGCCUUGGUCACUACUUGCAGGGUGACCUCCCUCACACUAGCCAACUGAGCAUCGGUUCCUGCCAAACCACCCCUUUGAACGAGUCUCAAAUCACGGCCCAGCAGUCUGGCCUUGUGUUUCUCCACUGCGUUGUUUCUGCGGGUACAGGCAUCGUUAGCUAUCCCUGUCUCCCCGCCCCCGUGACCCGUCUCAAACACCGUUUGCCACAACGGUGUGUUUUUCUUCAGGGCCCAUAGCAGCAACCGUAUAACGUCUCUUCAUGAGAAACUUGACUGAUGGUGUUGGCCAGGGCCUUCGAGGUGCAGCCAUCUUUAAUCAUCA